AUGUUUUUCCAGGAAGAUGGAGAACUACCUCACAAUACAGUUAUUGUUACAAGACAAUUAAAUCAAAUGUUUCCGAACCACUGGAUUGGUUCUUAUGGCGUCCUUCCUUGGCCUGCACGAUCCCCAGAUUUAACGCCAUUGGAUUUUCUUUUAUGGGGAUAUUUGAAGACUGUGAUUUAUGCAGAUCCACCUGUCAAUCUUCAAGACAUAAAAAACAAAAUACAGGCAGCUUGUGAUAUUUUAAGUGAGGACCAAAUCAAGGCGGCAACUUCGACUGAAUUUUUGAGGCGACUUGAAUCAUAUUUAGAAUAUAAUGGCGACAAUUUUGAACAAUUCAUAAAAUAA